AUGUUCCAACGUGAUCCUCGAGCUGGCGCGUUUCUCGGUGGUGACCGCGUGUCAGGGCAAGAUAUACGGGAUCAGAAUGUGACCGCGGCCUUGGCCAUCGCAAACAUCGUCAAAAGCUCUUUGGGUCCACUCGGGCUCGAUAAAAUGCUCGUUGACAACAUCGGAGAAGUGACCAUCUCGAAUGAUGGCGCAACUAUCCUGUCUCUUCUGUCUGUGGAGCACCCAGCUGGAAAGAUCUUCGUCGAUCUCGCGCAAAAGCAGGACAAGGAAGUCGGAGACGGUACAACAUCUGUGGUCAUCAUUGCAUCUGAGCUUCUUCGACGCGCGAACGAACUCGUAAAAGCGAAAAUACACCCGACAACGAUCAUCACAGGCUACAGACUUGCUUGCAAAGAGGCUGUCAAGUUCAUGCAGGAUCAACUCAGCAUCAAAGUGGAUUCUCUCGGUCGUGAUGCACUUGUAAAUGCUGCCAAAACUAGCAUGUCUAGCAAGAUUAUCGGAAAUGAUGAUGAUCUAUUUGCCCCUAUGGCUGUGGACGCCAUGCUUGCUGUCAAGACUAUCAACUUGCGCGGUGACAUCAAAUAUCCAGUCAAGGCUGUCAACGUGCUCAAGGCUCAUGGGAAAAGCGCUAGAGAAUCCUUGUAUGUCCAAGGUUAUGCACUAAACUGCACAGUCGCCAGUCAAGCGAUGAAAAAACGCGUAACCAAUGCAAAAAUUGCGUGUUUGGACAUAAAUCUUCAAAAAGCCCGCAUGCAGCUUGGUGUGCAGAUAUUGGUCGAAGAUCCAAACCAGCUGGAGGAGAUUAGGAAGCGUGAAGCCGAAAUUACACUAGAACGAAUUCGCAAAAUCUUAGCAUCAGGAGCAAACGUUGUUCUGACCACAAAGGGCAUUGACGACUUGUGUCUAAAAGAGUUUGUAGAAGCUGGCGCAAUGGCAGUUAGAAGGUGCAGAAAGGAAGACCUUCGACGCAUCGCAAAGGCAACAGGUGGCACGCUCAUCUCGAGUCUCGCGAACUUGGAAGGUGAGGAGACAUACGAGGCCAGCUACCUUGGUUCGGCAGACGAAGUUGUCCAGGAGCGCAUCUCCGACGACGAAUUGAUCCUCAUCAAGGGCACCAAGGUGGUCAACUCUGCAUCUAUUGUUCUGCGUGGGGCGAAUGAUUACAUGCUAGACGAGAUGGAGAGAGCAUUGCAUGACACUCUUUCUGUCAUUAAGCGUACUUUAGAGAGUGGUGCUGUUGUUCCUGGAGGUGGUGCGGUUGAGUCUGCACUCAGCAUUUACUUGGAAAACUUUGCAACAACCUUAGGAUCGCGAGAACAGCUGGCAAUCGCCGAAUUCGCUGCAGCUCUGCUUUCAAUCCCGAAGCAGCUUGCUGUUAACGCUGCGAAGGAUUCCACCGAUCUUGUUGCAAAACUACGUGCUUACCAUCACGCCGCGCAGAACGCACCUGCAGGUGAUCCGAAAAAAGUGCUACUUCGGUAUGGCCUAGACCUUAUGAACGGAGAUGUCCGUGACAAUGUUGUGGCUGGUGUGCUGGAGCCAACGAUGAGUAAAGUCCGGAGUUUGAAGUCAGCGUAUGAGGCUGCCAUUUCACUCUUACGCAUCGAUGACGCUAUUCAGUGCGUACCGGAACCAAAGCCAGAAGCAGAUUCACAUGGCCAUUAA